CAAAAUACACCAAGGCAACAAGUUGUAGAACAAUACUGGUGUUUGUAAACGAUACUAACACUAGGGAAAAAUAUCAACUACAGAAAAUAUUACCAUGAUGCAUGACAAAAAGAACUGGCCAGUGGCAAGCAAAGAAGACGGGCUGGGAACAAAGCAUGCAUAGAUUUAGAUUUAUGUGAAAAUUCAUUGCAGAGAGAAAUUUCAGAUUUACUGUGGCGGUCAAUAAUACAAAACUAUAUGCUUUUUUAGAACAAGUCACACAUUCAUGACACGUAGAAACUAUAAACCAUAAAUUUAAAAAUUUGAACAUCUUUUAUGACUGUAAAGAAGAGGACACGGCUGAGAAAGAACAAGGACGUGCACACUUUCUCAGAAGAACGCCAAUGGAAUCCUUUUCAAAGCUACCUUGCUUCUGAUUACGUUACCAUUUUACCAGGGAUAAGAUCUUUGUUUGUGUUUGUAAUCAAUAAAUUCAAAAGUUUAAAUUGAUGGGUUAGAUCAACGAACUCGUAUGAACUUGUAUGGUGGAUUAGCUCAAUGAAAUAUUAAUGCUAUCUUUCCACUAGAGUAUAGAGUAUAUGUAAUGAGUGGUGGAGGUAGAAAAACCCAGAACAAAAAUAGCAGUGCAAGUGCAUUAAACGUUGUGGUAUAGAAAUGGGCCUCAAUUAAGCAGGAGGUAUAUGAAUGGACCGGUGUUGGUGGUUAGGGAGGGGAACAUCAUAUUUUUCAUUAUACAAAUUUUGCAAUUUGCAUGACGCUGCCUAAUUAACAACUUCAGAGAGAGAGAGAGUUGAAGAAGAAGGCGAAGGUGGAGUAGAGUUGAAGCAAGAAACACACUCACACACACAGCAGAGCAGAGCAGGGGUACUCUUUCUUUUCUUCCAUUGGUGAAGCAAGCAUAUAUGCCUACAGCAGGCAGCGGCAUCGGCAUGCAGAUUCAUUUUUAGACAGUAAACUAAACUUAUAACUUAAUAUAAUGAUGAAUGGUCCCGAACCCAACAAAAAGCACAACAAAAGAAGAGAAAACUUCCCUCUCUUAUCUAAGAUGUACACCCGCUUCCGCCUCCGCCUCAUCGCAUAACUUCACUUGUACACAUGGCUAAGCAAAGUCCCCACCUACAAAACCAUCCAAAGAAUCCCUCUUUUUCUGCCACUUGUCUUCCUCCAUAUACAACUUUUAUUUUAAUGCACUUCCUCCCCACUCCCUUUAUUUAUUUCUAUCCCUAUUAUUGCCUCUCUCAUAUAUGAUAUGUGCAUCCCAUUCCUCUGUUCUUCCACUUCUCCCAACUUCCAUCCCCACACAAACGCAGUAAACUUCAACUUCCCCUUGCUUCCAUCUUCAAGUAUCGGAUCAUCAUGGAAUUAAUUACCAGACUCUGCCUUAUUCUUCUCUUUAUAUCCACUUGUGCAACUGAUUUCUUCACUCCCUGUGAUUGCAGAAGUGUACAUAGACGGCGUACGAUCCACAAGGGGAAGAAAUUCCAACUGGCCAAAUACCUGGAUGUAAUUGGUCAAAAGGUGAGACACGUGGAUGAGGCUUCCAACUCCCAACCUUACGUCAGCUCCCCAUUCACUCUGCCGCCGUUCGAUUCGCUUCCUCCUUAUUCCCUGCCGGACAACGCGCCCCCUUACUGUUCAUAUCCACAACCCAAUACCCCUACUCCUGCGACGACAGUCCCCUCUCCCUUCGCCUACAUGUCGUCACCCCCUCCCCCGCCCUUCUACUAUCUUCCCCCAAUCCUUCCCUCUCAGAGCCCACCUCCGAGCCCACCUUACUACUACGAGCCCAGCCCACCAAGUUACGAGCCCAGCCCACCCGUGUUCCUCCCGAGCCCACCCGUGUUCCUGCCACCGGUGAUUUACCCUCCGCCGAGCGUGCCACCCCCUCCCCACUCGGCGCCCAGUAUAGCCCUGUGGUGCGUGGCCAAGCCGUCGGUGCCGGGCCCAAUUAUUCAAGAGGCCAUGAACUAUGCCUGCGGGACGGUGGCAGAUUGCGGCUCCAUACUGCCAAACGGACCAUGCUUUUUGCCCAACACGCUCUUGGCCCACGCUUCCUACGCCUUCAAUAGCUAUUGGCAGAGAACCAAGGUGGGCGGUGGGACUUGUGAGUUUGGCGGUACUGCCAUGCUUGUCACCGUGGAUCCCAGUUAUGAUGGGUGCCGUUUCACUUACACGUAGACCGCGAUUGGAUCCAUGUUUAUCAACUUUUGAAGAAUAUGAUAAGGAUGUAUAGAGUAGACAUGUAGAACACGAAAUCACUCCAUUUUUCUCUCAACCUUUUGCUAGAAAUAAUUUUGU